AUGGAGAAGGUUGUGGAGUCGAGCACAACUUCAUGCCGGAACAAAAAGUACGGCUGCACUACUCCGGUGACUUACAACAAGAAAAAUGAACAUGAAAGGACAUGUAAGUAUUCGCCUACUUGUUCAUGCCCCUAUUUGGGUUGCAAGUUUGUCUCAUCAACCAUGGAGUUAUAUUUACAUUACAUCAAUGAUCAUGGGGAUUCUGCAAUAGAGUUCGUGAGCGACAACUUUUUUACCAUUACAUUGAAGAAGUAUAACAAGUCUAUUGUUCUACGAGAAAGGGAUGUAAGUACCUUAUUCAUUCUUCACAACAAUGUUGAUGCUCUCGGAAAUGUGGUCAGCCUCAGCUGUAUUCAACCAAUCUUCAAGGAGGGCUUCAUGUAUAAUCUUGUGGCUAGACACAGAGGAAGUGAUUCUGUCAAGUUACGGUCUGUGACACAAAGCAUUCGAAGCCUGCAGGGUUAUCCUAGACCUCGUAGUUUGCUUCUCAUUCCUCAAGAGUUCUUCUCUUCGGAUUCAAAUGAUGGUCAGCUCGAGAUGGAUGUGCGCGUACAUAUGGCGUAA